CCUCCAUUUGGCUGGGCACUCGCGGAGAAAGAUGGCUCCCUUUCGCAGCCAUCACUGCUUUCACCUCAUUUUCUUCCGCACUAGGAUCUAAAUCCGCACAUCCACCAGACGCACGCCUGUUCGCCUUCAAAUUACCAUCCGACUCAUUAUCAACCUUCGCCAUGUCGCGCUAUCACGGCAAGGACAAGGAGCAUGAGCGGGCAUUACGCGCCUUUGCUGAGAGUCAACCUGACAGCGAUAGCGAAGAUGGCCUUGAUAUUGUCGAAUCAUCACGUAAAGGUCUGGAUCUCUCGCAAUACAUUGACGCUCUCACCCAGACUCAAACGCAAUCCCAGGAUGCGGAUCUAGGGGAGCCAGCCGAUGGAGUCACCGAUGACGAAAGCCAGGAAGUUUUGGAAGCCUCCGCUUCUGCGGUCGAGCAGCGCUCAGGCGCCACACGCCACAAGGACAAAGUCUCCACGUCAGAAAAGACGCCGGAUACCACCGCGGAUGAUUCGGUAUCCGAAUGGUCAGAAGAGGACCUCACAACAUAUCGCACUCCCAAAGAACGCAGGACACUGAAGCGAAAGCGGGUCGCCGCGGAAACCAACAGGAUCCGGGCGUUGAAAAAGUCUCGCGCUGCGGCUACUACCAGCAUCGUCGGUAGGAAGCCCAGGCCCAAAAAAACAGACCAUGGCAUAGCGGGCUUCAGCACUGACUCAGUUGGCGAGGAUGGAGAUGCUAAGGACACCUUCCUCGACGAGCCAACGCCGGAGUACAUCGAAGCGCGGAAGCGGAAACUGAAGAAGCUUCACGAGGCUGGACUGCGGUAUCCACCUAGCUAUGCGGAUAUUGAUUUUUCGGAUUCGGAGUCGGAGGAGAAACCCGUACUUGACAGCGUGAUCAAGACCCAGCGAGGGAAGAGGAGUAUACGGUUGCGCGAAUCUUGGGGUGUCAUCCCAGCGUCGAUUGCUCAAUGGCUCCGAGAUUAUCAGAUUGAGGGGGUGCAAUUCCUUCACGAGCGCUUCGUCAAACAGACGGGUGCGCUGUUAGGCGACGACAUGGGUUUAGGUAAAACUAUCCAAGUCAUCGCCUUCCUCACUGCGGCAUUUGGAAAGACGGGGACGAAGCGCGACGCCAAAUGCAUGCGCAAGAUCCGCCGAUAUGGAGACGGCUGCUGGUAUCCUAAAGUCCUGAUCGUUUGCCCCGGCGGCCUGAUGCGCAACUGGGAGGACGAACUUGAGAAAUGGGGUUGGUGGGAAGUGUACAAGUACCACGGCAAUCCGGUCGACAGGAAAGGCGUCCUCGGAGCAGCCCGCAAGGGAAUGCUGGAGAUCAUGAUCACCACUUACGACACGUAUCGCAACAAUGAGGGCGAGAUCAAUACGAUUGACUGGGACUGCGUCAUAGCGGAUGAAUGCCACCAGAUCAAGAACAAGAACGCGGAGAUCACGAAGGCGAUGAACAAGGUCAAUGCGCUUUGUCGCAUUGGUCUCACCGGAACGGCCAUCCAGAACAAGUACGAAGAGCUCUGGAAUCUUCUCAACUGGGCUCGGCCCGGUGCAUACGGUUCAGCGCAAGAGUGGAAGCAGAUGAUCAGCAUCCCGCUCAAGAUGGGGCAGGCCCAUGAUGCCAGCUAUGCUCAGCUAGCAGACGCGCGGAGCAAAGCCCAGGAACUGGUCAAUGGUAUCUUACCCAGUGUUUUCCUUCGCCGAAUGAAGACCCUCAUUGCCGAUCAGCUGCCCAAGAAGAGCGACCGGGUCGUCUUCUGCCAGCUCACCGAAUCCCAAGCGGACGCCUACCGCGCCUUCAUCGAGAGUGACAAAUGCGAGUUCAUCCGCACUGCAAAGGAGCCUUGCGAUUGUGGUUCCGGAAAGACACGCGGCUGGUGCUGCUAUGUCGAGGUCCCGAACGAAGGCAAAUGGUCCAAAUUCAUGUUCCCCUGCAUGGUCGCCCUCCAGAAACUCUCCAACCAUCUCGGACUCCUCUUACCCCGAUCCAGCGACAACAAUGAGAAGCAAGCUAAAGACCUCGAGAGCCUGCAGACCGCGUGUCCAGAUACCUGGAGAGAUCUCUACCGCAUCCGCGACAGCAUCCUACUCCAAGGAGGCCAGCGCGAACUGUGCGGGAAAUGGAAAGUCCUCAAGCGGCUCCUCGACUUCUGGCACUCCAACGGUGACAAAGUGCUCGUCUUCUCGCAUUCUGUCCGCUUGCUGCGCCUCUUGAAAUCCCUUUUCGAUAUCGACGGCACCAAAUACAACUUCUCCUACCUCGAUGGUAGUAUGAGCUAUGAAGACCGCGCCAAAGCCGUCGCCGACUUCAACUCGGACCCUAAUCAAUUCGUCUUCUUGAUCAGCACACGCGCUGGCGGCGUCGGACUUAACAUAACCUCUGCGAAUAAAGUCGUCGUCGUGGAUCCGAAUUGGAAUCCUGCGUAUGAUUUACAGGCUCAGGACCGCGCAUAUCGUAUCGGGCAGACACGUGAUGUGGAAGUAUUUCGUCUUAUCUCCUCAGGCACAAUUGAAGAGAUCGUCUACGCAAGACAGAUCUACAAGCAGCAGCAGGCAAACAUUGGAUACACGGCAUCGGACGAGCGCCGCUACUUCAAGGGCGUGAUGGAUGAGUCCGGAAAGAAAGGCGAACUUUUCGGUCUAGAGAACCUUUUCACAUUUCAAGAAAACAGCCUGCUCUUGCGCGACAUCAUGCACAAAACCAACGUCGCCGAGACCCGCGCGGGCGUCAACGCAAUGUCGUUCGACGCUUCACAACUUGACUCCUCUGACGAUGACGACGACGACUUCCUCUCCAACAAAUCACUCGGCCUGCCCGACGACGAUAUCUCCAUGACGAGCCAGAUAAAGAAGCUAGCUGAUUCGUUCACUUCUACUCCAACCCGGUCCUCUGGAAAGAAGAACCCUUCGAAGAAAGCAGGUCCGGAUCCGAUUAAUGCGAUCCUGGCAAAAGCAGGCGUGCAGUACACACACGAGAACAGCGAAGUCAUAGGUCGCAGCGAAGUCGAAGCCCGCCUUAGCAAACAAGCCAUGGAAUUCAAAAACGACGUCGACUUAGGCCGGAAACGCGUCUUCGCUGCCUCGCAGUCCCAGUCGCAAUCUCAAUCGCAGCCCCCGUCCACGUACUUGCACCCAUUAGCCUUUGGCCCGGACGAGGACGUGCAACACAGCGGUGACGAAGAUGGGCUGAGGAUCCAUGCGGACGUGAAGCAGGGCGGGGAGUUUAAGGUUAAUUAUAGAUACCGACCUAGCGAGGCAGUGAGGAGGAGGCAGUUCUGUGAGAUCAGUCGCGUGUGGGGGUUUGAAGACCCGGCGGAGUUUGCGCUAUUGGUGGAGGGAUGGACGCAAGAGGAGAGGAGGAGGGCGCUGGAGAGGUUCUAUCGUGUGAGACGGAAGGAGAUUUUGACGGAGUUUGGAGGAAAGUAAAAUGUUGGGGACUGGGUAGGGAGGAUACGGAUGGCGUUUGAUACCCUGGGCUUUGGAUUUUGGAUUUUGGAUUUAAUGAGUGACGUGGGUUAAACAGAGUUAGAAGCCCCGGUGGCAAAAAGCGAGGAGGUGGAUGAUAAUGCAUCCGUGCUAGAGUUUACGGAGACGAGCGGAACCCAUUCACAGCCCUGGUAGAGGAAGCCGCGAAGUUGCCGAAGGAGCGCGCAAAAGGGAUAGAACAGAGAGCGACAAGAAUCCCUCUUGGC